GGGGCGAGGGGGGCGCGCGAGCUCGAGCCCCCCCUGGCGCGCCGGGAGGCUCCCGCAGGCAGCCCGGUAGCGCAGCGCGGAGCGGAGCCGAGCAGCCGAGCCGAGCCGAGCGGGGCCGAGCGCAUCCCAGACCCCCGCUGACCGCCCCGAACCUCUCUUACCUCCAGACCGAAUCUCUCAGCGGGACCCACACAACCGUGAGCAUGGCGUCCUCGGCGAGGUCCACUCCCCCGACCUCCAGGAGGCUACGGGACAUCAACCUCCCGACCAGCAAGUGCGACGUGGUCGUCAUAGGGGGGGGCAUCUCAGGUCUGUCUGCUGCCAAACUGUUGGCUGAAUAUGAAAUUGAUGUUGUGGUUUUAGAGGCACGGAACCGAGUUGGAGGAAGGACUUACACUUUGAGGAAUGACUUCGUUGAUUAUGUAGAUAUUGGUGGAGCCUAUGUAGGACCUACUCAAAAUAGAAUCCUACGAUUAUCUAAGGAGCUGGGUUUAGAGACUUAUAAAGUAAAUGUAAAGGAAUGCCUUAUUCAUCAUGUAAAGGGAAAAUCUACAGCCUUCCGGGGAACUUUUCCUCCAGUGUGGAAUCCCAUAGCAUAUCUGGAUUACAACAAUCUGUGGAGAACAAUAGAUCACAUGGGGAAGGAGAUUCCUUCUGAGGCUCCCUGGCAGGCACCUCAUGCUGAAGAAUGGGACAAGAUGACAAUGAAGGAGCUCAUUGAAAAAAUCUGCUGGACAAAAACUGCCAGGCAAUUUGCUUUUCUUUUUGUGAACGUCAACGUUACAUCUGAACCUCAUGAAAUCUCUGCCCUCUGGUUCCUGUGGUAUGUGAAGCAGUGUGGGGGCACAACUAGAAUAUUUUCUGUCAGCAAUGGGGGCCAGGAAAGGAAGUUUAUUGGAGGUUCUGGUCAAGUUAGUGAAAAGAUCAUGGAGCUUCUUGGAGACCGAGUAAAGCUGGAGAAGCCUGUAUCCUAUAUUGAUCAGUUGGGUGAUAAUGUCAUUGUGGAGACAGCAAACCAUGAGAUAUAUGAGUGCAGAUAUGUAAUUAGUGCCAUCCCUCCACUCUUGACUUGCAAGAUCCACUUCCGACCAGAACUUCCAUCAGAGAGAAACCAGCUAAUCCAGCGUCUUCCGAUGGGGGCCGUCAUUAAAUGUGUGAUGUAUUACAAGGAGGCCUUUUGGAAGAAGAAGAAUUACUGUGGCUGCAUACUCAUUGAAGAUGACGAUGCUCCAAUUUCAAUCACUUUAGAUGACAGCAAGCCAGAUGGAUCUGUACCUGCCAUCAUGGGAUUUAUCCUUGCCAGGAAGGCUCAUCAACUUGCCUCCAUUAGUAAGGAGCUAAGGAAGAGGAAAAUCUGUGAACUUUAUGCAAAAGUGUUGGGAUCACAAGAAGCUUUGCAACCAGUGCAUUAUGAGGAGAAGAACUGGUGUGAAGAUCAGUACUCAGGGGGCUGCUACACGGCCUACUUCCCCCCAGGGACCAUGACUCAGUAUGGAAGGGUUAUCCGCCAGCCAGUUGAUAAGAUUUAUUUUGCUGGGACAGAGACAGCAACCUAUUGGAGCGGAUACAUGGAAGGAGCGGUGGAAGCUGGAGAAAGAGCAGCUAGAGAGGUGUUGAAUGCCUUGGGGAAGGUGGCAAAAAAAGACAUUUGGGUACCAGAACCAGAGUCAAAGGAAGUUCCAGCCCUGUCAAUCACCACCACCUUCUGGGAGAGAAAUUUACCAUCGGUUCCAGGCCUGCUGACGGCUCUCGGAGUGUCCUCUUCCCUAAUCGCCCUCUGUAUGAUGAUUUCCAAAUUCAAGAACUCUGUACAUUAGAUUCUAAAAUUUCAUUUUCAUGCUUUCUGCUUCUUCCUUCCCCAGCACCAUCAAAAGGAAAACCUGGAAAAUUAAAUGCGGUAACUUUGGACCCUCUUUUUUGCUCUGGAUUUUACAAGUCAUUGUUUUUCCUCUGUCAGUGUUAAAGUCAUCCCAAAAAAACAAAACAAAAAAAAAAAUCACGCUCAGUCAGUUUCAGUAGGAGCAAGGUCUAUCCCAUCACUGUAUGUGCAGAUUAACUUGGAUUCAUUGAUAAGAAUAAAACCAUAGUGUCAGAUUUUGAAUUUCAGGAAGUUAAAAGUCUUAAGGGAAAGCUUUUAAAGAUCAGAUGCUCAUAAGAAACAAUCACUUCCUUCUGUAUCCUGAUUUUCUCCUUUAAAAAAUGAGAGCACCUUAUGAUUUCAUAAAUAAAUUUCUUUUUAACCUUCUGUCUGUAGUGGCUCCAUAAAUUAAGGAUUAAUCCCGUGAAAUAAUCAUGACAGCCAGGAGGCUGGCCUGAGGGCCGGAUGGCAGUGGUGACUAAACCAUAUUGUUGGGGUCACUCCUUCCUCCUCUGGGGAUGGGAAUGUUUCUAGAGCCCACUGUUCACAGCGUUUCCUGCAGUGAACAGGACUCCUUUCUCUUAAUCAUUUUAAUGUGGUAAUAGAAAUAAAAACGUUGGAAUUGCAGCGUGUGUUUAGAAGUACAUCUCGUAUGGGGAAUGCUGUUCCAUUUCUAAUUUCCACGAACUGUCUUAUGAUCUGGUCUUCUCUCUUGCCGUGUGUGUGUGUGUGUGUGUGUGUGUGUGUGUGUGUGUGUGUUUUCCUUUGCUGCUAAAGAUGUACUCCAAACCUGAUGAGAAUGUAUUUACUGAGAUACACAGUUGAAAGUGUUAUACCAGUUGGUUAGGAUAAAGUCUAUGAAUAGAAUCUUAUGUUAGUCCAAACCAAGCAUUUUUCUAGAGGGUUAUAAUUAGUGUAUUCUUACAGAUAAAACUAGUAUACCUUCCCCUUCCCCCCUUCCCAGUACUUCAUGAAAUUAGAGAAUCAGUUUAGUCAUAGUCACUAAAACUUGAAAUGUGGCUUUGGGGCUAGAAUUGAAGCUGGGGGGCUAUUAGGAGCUUCUUUCUUUUUCUGACCGUGGCCAUUUUUCACUUAGACCAGAGGUUCUAAAACUUAAUGCUACUUCUGUUUUCUUAGCACCACUUUUUUCUACAUUAUGAUUAGAUAGUAGUCAAACCAAAUAUUUUGAUGAAAUGUUGCUAAAGAUUCAAAUUGUACUCAAAUAUAGUAACAUUUUUAGAUUUCAGAUAUGUUUUCAAAAAUAAUUCUGAAGGAUAUCAAAUAUAAUCAUAUAAAUCACUCAUCAAAAGAAAGUAGGAAUCAGUGAACAUGAUCUGACCUUUUUUAUUUAUUUUACUUUAAAGACAGGAUAUCAAGUGGAUUAUAAAUUUCUUUAUUCUAAGAGGUCCAAUAGUACACGUUUCUUCUUCAUGAUGCCAUUUCGCUGUCAUGUUUUUGAAAGCUUUCUUAAAUCCAAGGCAGCACUUCUAAACAAACAGAAGAGAUGUCUUGUUAAUAGUAAUGUGAGAUAGGAAAAGAAAGACAUUGUCUAGAUAAUAAUAGUAGAAAUUGUUUUAGAAGGUCUGGCAAAGUCAAUCGCGGCAAUAUAGUGAGUAUCUACAUAUAAUAAUUUGUCCAACGUAAGUCCAAGGAUGAGGAUGUUUUACGUAAAUUUUCCAGAUAACUGAAGCUUAACCCUUCAGGUGCCAAAACUUUAAAAAUUCUUUUAUCCAGCUCUCAAGUGAAUAAUGAAAGACUUUCAUGUUCUCAUUAAACAAAAACUUAGCUUUUCCUUGGUUUCUCAGGGUUCUCAUUAUAAACACCCAUUGUACACCUGCUCAAUACCCUCCGAAGCUGCUUGUCCUAUCCAGAGGCUGUUUCGUUAGGUGAUUCUUCAGCCUUUCCUGGAUCCUCCUUCAUUAUUGUCAUUUGUCAGGGCCAACUUUCCCCUUCUUUCUCGGUCUACCACCUCUUAUAAACUGGAAGGAAUUAUUGGUUGCCAAAGGAAACCAGAUGAACUUGACUUAUUAAAUCUCCACCUUCUUAAAGAAUACUGCUGUGAGGUGGCAGUAAGCCCCGAAGAUCUUCUAAGUGGAAAGUAGCCUUUGGGAUGGUUGUGUGUAUAUACCUUGCAGUCUGAACCCUUGGCUGGUUGCUUUCAGCUUUUCUGCUCUCUUCCCUGGGUAGAUGGAUUGCUGUAACCCAGUCGAUCACAGCAGUUCUCACUCUUCAGUGGAGAAUCACUGAUUGGCUUCUGUUGGACGUGGUAUGAAGGUCAGAUUUAAUAACAGUCUGGGGGUGUUAUUAUUUACUGUGUUCCAUCAGGAGGCAGCUGUGGUGUGAGAGGUUGGAUGUAGCCUCAACCAAGAUUCAGAAGACUGAUCAGCUUGGUGACUUUGAAAAAGUCACUUGCCUUUCCCAGAGCCUCAGUUCCCUCCUCAGAAAACAUGCGAGGAACCUUAUUCCCUCUUGUUCAUAGCCAAUCCAUUCUAGUCAGUACAGUUGUCUUAAAGUAUACAUUAAAUUAGUCACAAAAUAAGUGCCAAUCCAGACAUUUUCAUGGAAUCAGCUAUAGGCAAGGACUUAAAUUAGAUCCAUGUUACCUGGCUGGAUAGAGACUGUAAUAACCUUUCCUGGACCAAAUGAAUGAAGUCCCUUUGAAAAAAUCUGAUUGAGUGUUGGCUUAUUAGGCCAUCUAUUUCAGAAUUUCAGAGAUUAAAGUAGAAGACCUACGGUAAGAUCUCUAGAAAUGGAUAACAGUUAACCCUUGGCGGUUAUUAACUGUGUUGUGGAAAAUGUUAACAUACUGUGUUGUAGAACUUUGAAAUGAAAAACUGGGGAGUGUGUUAAUUUUAUCAGUUUAGUGUCUGAUGUUUUGUGUCUCCAGUUUGCCUCAAAGUUGCAUAUGUGGAAGUAUGUAUGUGUUCUUUGGCUGUAAAGUAAGACUUUUGCCUUUGCUGUUUUGUUUGUUAAUAAAGUAGAAUGAAUAUCAA